ACAGCCUGACUGAAACUCACUGAGGGGAGAGAGCGAGAGAUGUGCGACUGUUUUACUGACAGAUUUAAUUUACAGAAGAUCUUAUGAUUAUAUAUUUUUUAUUUCUUAGUCUGUAAUUAGAGCUGUUGAAUAUGUUUUACUGUGAUAUAACACUUAUAUAUGAACAUGUUAGCUUGAUAGCCGGUCCUGCUAGCUAUAUAAGUACCGAAAUUAGAGUUAGCUAACUGUGGUGAGCUCAAUGACCAGAGAUUUAUGCAAAUAACAAGAAGUUAUUUUUAUCGACACAGAGAGAGAGAGAGAGAGAGAGAGAGAGAGAUUGAUUUACUGACUGGGCUGUCCGUGCUCUCUCUUGUUAGUGAAUUAGCUUUAGAAGUGAGAGGAUUAAAGUUUAUUCUGGUUAAAUAACUAGCUGCUGUACUAGCAGAGUUAGAUAUUCUUAGCUAGUUGUCUAAUCCUGACCGAGACUAUGGCAGGUGAUGUAAAGCGCAUUCCUGAGCUGGAGCAGCAGAAAUAUGACGCAGAUGAACAGGUGAAGAUUAUCUGCCUCGGGGACAGUGCAGUGGGCAAGUCCAAAUUGAUGGAGAGAUUUCUUAUGGAUGGAUAUCGACCUCAGCAACUGUCCACCUACGCGUUGACAUUAUACAAAUACACCACCACUAUCAACGGCAAGCCUGUGCUGGUCGAUUUCUGGGACACAGCUGGUCAAGAGCGCUUUCAGAGCAUGCACCCGUCUUACUACCACAAAGCACACGCUUGUAUCAUGGUCUUUGACGUUCAGAGAAAAGUAACAUAUAAGAAUCUUUCCAGCUGGUAUAAAGAGCUGAGAGAAUACAGACCUGAGAUUCCCUGUUUGGUGGUGGCGAAUAAAAUAGAUGCUGACAUGAGAGUGACACAGAAGAGCUUUAACUUUGCUAAGAAGCAGGGACUGCCUUUCUACUUUGUGUCUGCUGCUGAUGGAACUAAUGUGGUCAAGGUUUUCAAAGAUGCUAUAAACAUGGCUUUAUCUUACAAGAAGAACUCCAGUGACUUUAUGGAUGUGGUCAUGAGAGAACUGGAGAACUUUGAUUUGGAGGGCAAAGAAGAGUCGGCUGAUGAAGAAGAAGAGGAGGGAAAAGCAGACUGACGCUCUCGGCGUGUGGUGGGAGCAGAAUGGUUUGUCUCUGCAUUAGAUUCCUGUUAAAAUCACAGCUGCUCACCAACUGCCCUGAAGAGUUCACGAGCCGUUCAAACAAAAGUGAAACCAGCAGGGACAAAGCUCUACCUCAGGUGUUAGAUCAAUCCCUGUUACCUACUACACUGAAUAUUCAGUGCAUGUAAUAAAUGUUUGUGUGGCUUUAGAAGGUCUUAGAAGCACACUGUAAAUGCUUUUCAAGUCCAGUGCAGGUGUUCUAGGUACAGUGAUGUGUGGGUUUUUCAGACAUUUUAAAUUCUGGAUGCAGCUGUUCAGGAACGUGGGUUGGCGGCCAUGGUGAAAUCUCACACCGUGUGUGCGUAAAUAUGUAGCAGAGAGCCUGUUAUUUGAUAUCGAUUGUGUUUUUUUUUUUUUUUUCUCAUCAGUGGAUGAGAAACAGUGGAAAGCCUUGAUGACACUAAUGAUGUAUAACAGUUAUUCCACGAAAUCGAGUCGUACACAAGCUGAUGGCUGAUGAGGCAUGAAGCGCCGAGUUGGCUAUAAGACAUAUACGACAAGAUUGAGUGGAAUAACUGUUUUAUUCUAUCCACAUUCACUGGAUUUUGAGAAACGGAGCAUUUUGUUUUUGCAAAUAUGAUGAAUAAAAACUUCAUACAAAGGUCUGACAAAAUAAUUUCUGCUUAGAAUGUAAACAAACUCGCGAAAUGACAGUGGCAAUUUGUGAAAAAUGCUAGAAUAGUUCUUGAAAAAUAAAAAAAAUGUACUCUUACCAUCAAAUACUUUAAUUCCAUAUUUUGUUGCUGCCUUUUUUUUUUUUGGUAUUUUUUGGGGUUUUGUUUUCAAUUAGAGUUUUUAUUUCCUCCUCGGUUGGUUCAGCAACAUGUGCCGCCAUGAUGUUUUUCUUCUUUAGGUUUUUUUUUUUUUUUAGCUGUUGGCAAAGCAAGUUAAAGGUGCAUUACUGCCACUGACUGGGCUGGAGUGUGGAA